GCUGGCGUUAUUAAAUUUCCCCCCCAUGGCGAUCGUCUUCUUCCUUUCUUGGAGUCAUGCGUCCAUCUGAUCCGAUCCCAAAAUCCUCUCUCCGGAUCGGAUGGAGUCCUCUUCGGCCUCUCUUUCCCAUCUAUCCCUCGUCUCCAGGGCCAAGACGGCCUUCCACUCCGCCGCGGCCAAAGCCGAGAAGGUUCUCACUGACAUCAAAGCCGAUUUGAAGAGCGAUCGAGAAAGCAAUGGGCAGUCCCAAAAGGGUCCGAGGAGAUCCACGGACCAAGAAACGGUUGCUUCUGAUGCUUCUGAUAAACCCCAACAAGAGGUUUUAGAAAGAGACUCCACCAGAGUGAAAGAUGGCUCAAACACAUCAAAAAGAUUGGCCAUUCCUUCAGCUUCUGUAAUUAAACAGCUGGCUCUGGCUGUUGAGAGUGGAAAAAAAUUUAAAUCUAUUAAUGAUCUUUCGACACUUGUUGGAGAUCCUUUACCGAUCAAAGAGAAAACUGGCUUAAGCUUGUCCAUCGUCAAGUCAUUAGUUCUUCGUGAAAAGGAAGAGUGUGAUGAGGAAUUCCAUUCUUUGAUAUGUUCUCUGUUCGAGUCAGACACUCGCAGAGGAACAUUUCCCCUGAGGAACAAUGGUUCUAGCUUAGAGAUUCUUCAUACAACCAGUUUGCUUAAGGAUCUCCAUGGUGCACCACCCGAAAGUUUUGUUGUCCGACUUUCUCAAAUUAUUGGGGGCUUUAAAUCCCUGCAAAAAAUGGCAUCAUUUUGGCGGUGUGUAAUUGUCGAACUGAGGAAAUUUUGGUCAGAAGGACAACCGGUGCCUCGAGUGCCAUUAGAUGCAGAUCCUGACUUGAAUUCCUGUCUCCUGCAUCAGAAGUUACAAGUUAUUAAUUGUUGUAUUGCCAGGAAACGGUGCCGAACUAUUGCCAAAGAGUCACUGGAUUCUAUACUGAAAGAAGCCAGUCUUGACGGUAGAGAUUCAUCUGAUCUUCCAGUAAAACUGUCUCCAAGUCAUAAUAUUUAUGCUAGAACCUGCAAGGGAGAGUCUGUUCUUAGACUUGGUGCUAUUCAUCCAUCUGAAAAUUUAACUAUGUUAGAAACUGAUGAACCUGUAUACUCCCCAGUUACGCAGGAGGGUCCAGUUCUAACAGAAGAACUUAUCAAAGAAACAGAGGAUUUUGUGCUGCGUACUGGGAGUGUUGGUGCUGGGUGCUCUAAACUCCUCUCUGACAUGCAAGCUUUCAAGGCUGCAAAUCCUGGAUGUAUUCUGGAAGACUUUAUAAGAUGGUACUCUCCUCCAGACUGGAUGGAAAUGGAGUCAGAUGGUCAGGCUAAUGAUUCAGUUGAUGGAGAAGGCUCAUCUAGACGAGGUCGGCUAAGUGGAAGGAUGCAAAAAGAAGGUAAUUUGUGGCGUGAACUAUGGGAAACUGCCAAAGCAUUGCCUGCCGUCAAGCAAACUCCACUUUUUGAUGAGGAUUUGGCAGUUGAAAGCAUCUUAACCACCUUGGAGGACAUUCCACCAUCUGAGCUCUUUGAGCAGCUCUUUGUCUCUGUGCUCUGUGCUGGCUUUCUGAUAGCAGAAGCCGCACUUCCUCUGGAUGGUAACUUGUCAAAACUGUUCUACGAGUGCAAAGUUUAUGUUAUUGCAACUUACCAAAGCGGCAUGUCAGAGGAGAAGUUAGAUGAUCUGUGUAAGGUCUAUGAAACCAUAGAGGCAAUAAUAGUCCAUCCGGAAGAAGCCUUCAUGAUCAUGGAGCAGCCAGAUGAAACAACACCAGUAGAACCAAAAAGCAGUUUAAAGAAAUUUGGCCUGAAUUUUGUUGGCAAAGACAGGCAACCAUUAUGGAAGAGAUCCUCGAAGGAUGAGAAGAAAUCAGAGGAAAAACAUAAGCAUGUAUUGUCUCAACUGUUUGAGAAAAAGGCAUCUCUGUUUCCUAAGAAGAAUCCAAAAUCCAAAGCAAUACCAUCUAAUUCUGCUCCAGCUACUUUGGACGACAGUGGCUGGACGAUUGUGUAAAGAUUAUACCUUUCAUAAGUUUGCAUUUCAUAGAGCAUAAAAAAGGAAUUUUGUAAAUAACAUAUGAAUGCUUUGGUUUAAUUUAUUGAUCCAAUCAAUUAAAGAAAAGGAAAAUGAAGAGCUCAACAAA